AUGGCUCGCAUUCUCUUUUUCGCCCCAAUUUCUCCUCUCCUGCCUUUUCCAUGUUACAUGCAUUCGCACUUCAAGCCUGUGACGGUGUUUUGUGGCGCCUUUCUCCCUGCAGACAUCAUGUGGGAUGAGGCGCAGUCCGGCACGCACCGUGUAGACCCUGUUUCGUACUUCCAGCUGCGCCAGGGGCGCCGAACCGUCGGCUACGCGAAACGCUCAUCGCAGGUGCCCAUGGGCACAGAGGAAAUCAGCGGGGCCUCGCCGACGCGGCGAGGCCGGGAACGAGGGCCUGGCAAAGAGUUUGCACGCUUUAUCGAAAUGUUCGGUUUUCCUGAGAGGCGACCGCAGCCAACGUCGCAUAAACGUCUCUUUUUGGCCUCCACGCAGCCAACCAACAUCAACCUCUUUCAGCGGCCUGGCGAGCCGGAUCUACGGCAUCUGCUGCGUGGUGGGGCGGCUCUCACCGACGACUACCAGGCGGAGGUGGAGGAGGGGGCAGUGUCACAUGUCAGCGGGAAGAGUGCGCCACUGUCACCCCAUAGUGUGAAAGGUGUGACAUCGCCGAAUGCACACAAUGUAAGAGCCGAGCUGCACGACAACAGCGAGGAGGUGGUCGCCGAAAUCGAGGAACGCAUUCAGCUGCUGGAGCAAGCGUUGGCGUAUGAGCGGGGGCGACUGCACUCCGCACUUGCCGGAAGAAAUGUUCCGUCUGCCCAAAUGGUGCAUGCGGACGCGGUGAGGCGGUUUCACACAUCUGGUGCAAACGCGUUCUGUGAGAAUUCGUGCAACACUGAGACUAGCGCUGUGCGAGGGAGGUGCCGAGUACAGUCACAGUUCUGUUGCGAACCACGACAGUUGCAGCAGAAGAGUGAGGAUGGUUUGUGUUGGGCGUCUCAGGACGCGCAAGCGGGGGGGAGUGUUGACGGUAAUAAGAGGACUUCACCACGAGUGACGUCCGUUCGAUCCAUUGCCAUGUCACGACAAGCUCAAUACCGCCAAACCAGCUGCCAAAGGGCAAUUAGACGCAGGUCAGCCGGAGUCGCGGACAGCAACCACACCUGCAGCUGCAACAAUGCGGGGUCACAGCAGUUGGACUUUGGCAGAUCACUACACCGGAUGGACGUAGUGGUCUUAUGGAGCUGCUGA